AUGAUGCAGCAGCAGCAGCAUAUGCAGCUGCAACACAUGAUGCAGCAGCAGCAGCAUAUGCAGCUGCAGCAGCAGCAUAUGAUGCAGCAGCAGCAGCAUAUGCAGCUGCAGCAGCAGCACAUGCUGCAGCAGCUGCUGCAGCAGCAGCACAUGCUGCAGCAGCAGCUGCAGCAGCAGCAGCAGCAGCAGCAGCAGCAAGUUACCUCGCAGACGAAGCUGAAGAUAAGAGACACCGCAGAAAGUCCCUCCAUGGAUUCGUUUUUGUACCAAAACUGCAUAUCUGAAAAAACAAAAAUAAAAAAUAAAAAUCAAAUUUAA